AGUAUUGUGCGAAUUAACAACUUAUAAAAAAUGCGUUAUGCCAUUGAAAGAAAACUUUCGAGUGGAUUUAAGUGAAUUAAUUUGAUUUCACUCAGUUAUUUUGAGUAUAAAAAGAAAAAACAAUUUUUAAAAUUUUCUUACCCCUCGUGUUGUAUAUUUCUUUCUUAUCAAUUUUAUUGAAAAAUUGAAAAUGGAUGAGGAUUACACCAUCUAUCAUGAAGAAAGCUUGUUUGCCGAGUCUUUAAGCACACUACGCGAAAUAAGAAGGCAAGGACGACUUUGUGAUGUGAUCUUAAAAGUCGAUAACGAGUCAUUUUCAGCUCAUCGUGUGAUCCUUGCCGCUCAAAUUCCUUUCUUCAACGCAAUGUUUUCUCAAGAUUAUGCAGAAUAUUCACAAAAAGAAAUCGAGCUGAGGGAAAUUGACGCAACAGCUUUAGAACAUUUAAUUAAUUUCGCUUAUAGUGGUUCUAUUCGAAUAGAUACAGCAAAUUGUCAAUCAAUUAUGAUUGGGGCUUCAUUCCUUCAACUUAAUAAAGUUCGUGAUGCUUGUGCUCAGUUUUUGAUUCAAAAAUUCCAUCCACAAAAUGUGUUAGGAAUACGUAAUUUCGCUGACUCACUAGGACAUGCUCAUCUCUUCUCAUCUGCUGAUAAAUUCAUCAACUUUAAGUUCGCAAGUAUUUCAACUUCGGAAGAAUUCCUCCAAUUGCCAUUUGCAGAUCUCAUUGAGAUCAUCAGAAGAGACGAAAUCAAUUGUUCAAGUGAAGAAGUUGUUUUCGAAGCAGUGAUGCGUUGGGUCAAAUAUAAUGAAGUUGAACGUAUUGAAAUGUUUCCUGAAAUCUUAUCAAAAGUCAGACUUCCCUUACUUUCACCACAAUUUCUUGCUGAUUCUGUUGCAACAGAAGAACUUGUAAAGACAUCACAUCAAUGUCGAGAUUUGUUAGACGAAGCUAAAGAUUACCAUUUAAUGCCAGAACGUAGAGAACUAUUACAGAGCUACCGUACAAGACCACGAGGAAAUGAUUUUGUACGUGGACAAAUUUAUGCUGUUGGAGGUCUCACUAAGUCAGGCGAUGCUGUGUCAACUGUUGAAAUUUAUGAUCCAAAAAAAGAUGAAUGGCAAAUGGGACAAGCAAUGUCAAUGCUUCGUUCCCGUGUAGGUGUUGCAGUGCUUCAUGGCCGUUUAUUUGCUUUUGGUGGAUUUAAUGGACAGGAACGUUUAAGUACAGUGGAAGUGUUCGAUCCUGAAACAAUGAAAUGGAGUCAAGGGAAGACAAUGAUGUGCAAAAGAUCAGCAGUUGGUGUUGCUGCUUUAGAUGAGUUUAUUUAUGUCUGUGGUGGAUAUGACGGAAUCACAUCGCUUUCAACUGUUGAAUGCUACUGUCCCAAGACCGACGUAUGGAAAAAAGUUGCUCCAAUGAUGCGAUACCGUUCAGCAGGUGGCGUGUCAGCUUUGAGAGGUUUUGUCUACGCUUUAGGUGGACAUGAUGGAUUAAGCAUCUUUGAUUCAGUUGAACGAUAUGAUCCAAGCACUGACACUUGGACAAAAGUUAAACCGAUGCUUAAUCGACGGUGUCGAUUAGGCGUUGCAACUUUAAAUGGAAAAUUAUACGCUUGUGGUGGAUAUGAUGGUUCAUCAUUUUUAAGAUCUGUUGAAGUUUACGACCCAAAUUAUGAUACUUGGAAGACGAUAGCACCAAUGAAUGUGAAAAGAUCACGAGUUGCAUUAACAGCGAAUAUGGGAAAAUUGUAUGCAAUUGGUGGAUACGAUGGUGAAUCAAAUCUUUCAACAGUUGAAGUCUAUGAUCCAGCACAAGAUUCUUGGACGUUUGUAUCAUCUAUGAAAUGGCACGGUGGUGGUGUCGGUGCAGCAGUCUUACCAAAUUAAAUUAAGCUUGUGUCAUGGACAGUUUCUCAUUUUAGGUCAAGGGACUUAUCGAGGUAUAUUAAAAUUAGAUUUUAGUCAUGUCCAUUACUUUGCAUAUUAUGAAAUUUAUUUUGAAUUUCCUGAAACUCGAAAAAUAAAAAAUAAUAAAAUCAUUGAUAUUGAGAAAGU